AUGGCUCCCUCUGAAGACUCCAGAGACUGGAGAGCUAACCUCAGAGACCCCAGCAUUGGGACACACUUGGAGACCAGCUGUGGAGAGAAGCUGAUUCGCUCUCAGAAGGCCAUCCCUAAAGCUCAUGUGACCUUCCUCGUUGACUGCACUCGAGGGGAACGGCUCUUGUUGCCAGCCUCUCCCAUGGCGCAUGGAGGCUGGAGGCCCCCACAAAGCCCUGCUAUACUACCAAUGAAGACCUACAUGGUGUUCUGUGGGGCAGAUUAG